AUGAUAUUUAUGGAUACAACAAGCAUAUUCUCAAUACAAUUAGCAAAGAAAUUUAACAGAAAGCAACAUAGUAAGUAAAGUGGUCAAAACCAGUAUAAGCGGGAGCAGCUUGAAAAAUUAUAGGAACUUCUAGAAUUCUUGCUCUGCUAUUUGAAAUCAUUAAGAAACUUAUCUCUUGAUCAUUAAGUAUUAUAAGAAGUGUUAGCAACUCUCAAAAUGAAGUUUCCAAAUGUAUUGAAAGAGAUUCAUUUCAUCACUGCAAUGUUUAUAAAAGAAAAGCCUGGAAAUUAUUGGAAAGAGUUUACCUAAAGUAUUGUUGAAUUUGAGAAGAGUUACCACUCAUUUGAAGUGACUAAUUUGAAGAUUGAAGAAUCUUCGAAACAUUAUAAGUUCAGAAUUCGAGAGUAUAUGGAUAAGGAUGAUGAAGUGUUGAUUUAUUUAUUAGCAAUGAUUGACUUAUCAUAAAUGGAUAAUCUCUCUUCUUUGGACUACUCAAUAGAAUAAGCUAAAUACUUUAUUAUGAACAUUGAGCCCAAAAAGACUACAAUAAAUUUUGAGAAUAGAGAACCAUAAUCACCAAUUGUACUAGGAUAAGACUCAAAUAGUCAAGGUAAAGAUGAUAAGAGUGAAUGA